AUGGCGCACCUCCCAUUGAUUACGACAGAAAGUGGAGUGAUUCAGGUACUCGAUUUUGUCGACGAUGUUCUGGUGCAUGCGCUUGAAAUGACAGGCAACAUGCAGAGAGAAAAUAACGGCCUUGCCGUUGACGACUUCGAUUUUGAGGAAUGGGUGAGUAGUGGUGGUAGUCAUGGUGACAGCCCCGGUAGUCAAAUCAAUACAUUGUGUGGAUAUAACAAUUUUGUUAUCUUUAUGGACAUGAACUACACUAUCGAAUACUACAGUGAAGAGGUCAGGCUGGAGGUCGACCAGCUUCCAUUGAGUAUGCGUGCCCGAUACCAGCAUCUUGUUGAACGCAUGAAGGUAUAUGGCAGCAAUCUCGGAGAACCUCAUACCAGUGCUUUCGGUAACGGGCUUUUCGAGCUUCGGAUUAAAGGUAGUGAUGGCAUCGCACGCGUCUUUUACUGCACCCUGGCAGGAAAACGCAUCAUCAUGCUGCAUAGUUUCAUCAAGAAGACCCAGAAAACCCCACCAGCCGAACGCCAAAAAGCUGAAACCAGAAUGAAGGAGGUAAAGCAUGACUGGUAA